CUUGGCAGUACGUAACUCUUCCGUUCGAUAGAAUUCGGGAGUAAAAAUGGCAGUGUUCAGUAGAUUAUUAUUCGGAAAUAAUCAAAAAUUGUUACAAACUAAUGGAUUACUGACAAAACUGCUGAAUAAGAAUAGUCCAUUACUUAAUAAACAAACAGGAAGUCUAAGAUGCAUGUCAGAGCAUCGAACAAUACCUAUACAUGCAAGUCGCUGGCAAUGGCAUAAAACCAAGGAUUGGAUACACUUCUACUUUUUCGUGGGUGCUAUACCUGUUGCUCUGAUUAUUUUCUAUGCAAACGUGUUUAUAGGCCCUGCAACACUAGAAGAAAUACCAGAAGAUUAUGUUCCACAACGAUGGGAAUAUUUUCGAUCUCCAAUUACAAGAUUCCUUGCAAGAUACGUGUUUCCAAACCCACAGCAAGAAUACGAGAAGCUUCUUGCCUAUUUGGAAAUUACCGAUGCAAAAAGGAGAUUGCGAUUGCUACAUAAUCAAUUUAUCGAUAAUAUCAAGGAUCAUCAGGAUUAUCCAGCAUAUUCUUAUCAUAGAGCUAUGAAAUUUACGUACAUCAAAGAAUAUAGGAAAAUGAUGGAUGAGGGAACAGUAUAAUUCAUUUGAAUCUGUUACAGUUGAUUUAUAUACAUAGUGCACCCAAAUAUUGUACAAAGUAAGCAUUACAAUUAAUAGCUGUCAAAUAGAAACUAUAAUAAAAACUAUUUGUAGUUGAUUCUAUGGCAGUCAACUGCUUUUUCAUACGAAUUUCUUCAAUAGACAAUAUGUUUCAAGGAUCACAAGGGAAUUGUACUUCUUGUGCAUAGGUGUCUUCUCUUGAAGAGCAGAUAUUAUUGCAAAAGGAAAUGUUGGAAAAUAAACGAAGUAACGUUUGCCAAUGG